AUGAAGGGGUUCACACAAAAGGAUGCUAAUACGGACGAUAAAGAGGAUGUCGAUACGGACGAUAAAGAGGGUGCCAAUACGGUCGAUAAAGAGGGUGCCAAUACAAACGAUAAAGAGGGUGCCAAUUCAAAUGAUAAAGAGGGUGCCAAUACGGACGAUAAGGAGGUUGCCAAUACGGACGAUAAAGAGGGUGCCAAUACGGACGAUAAAGAGGGUGCCAAUACGGACAAUAAAGAGGGUGCCAAUACGGAUGAUAAAGAGGGUGCCAAUACGGACGAUGAAGAGGGUGCCAAUACGUACGAUAGAGAGGGUGCCAAUACGGACGAUAAAGAGGGUGCCAAUACGGACGAUAAAGAGGGUACCAAUGCGGACGAUAAAGAGGGUGUCAAUACGGACGAUAAAGUGGAUGCUUAUACGGACGAUUAA